AGGAAGUAAAAGAGGAAGUAAAAAAGGAUGAGAAAAAGGAUGAGAAAUGUUGUGAAGAAAAAGAGAAAUGUUGUUUUUGUCCAAGGGGUAUGGAGCCUAUUUCUGCUGGUGCUUGGAAAGCGUGUCCUAUAGAUCCCAAGACAUGUGGGGACUGCGAAGGAGGGUUAAAUAAGGUUGAUAUGCGAUGGGUCUGGGACAAG